ACGCGUUCUUAGCCCGCCUUCUUCCGUGGAAAGAAAGAAAUCCUCAUUCUGAAGCUUGUGUGAGAUAGUGGGGGUGCAUCUUGGAUUUUCGCUUGAGUCGCGGGAUGGAUGUGUGUUGUUUCUGUUGAGAUGCCCGAGGUUUACCGACGUUCGCCCGUGAAGGAAUGCCUCUAGCCCGCCAAGCUUACCCCUCAUUCAUCCAUCUACCCCGAGCCUUUCUCACGAUCCACAGCUACCCCGAGGAUCCGGAACAUCAUGAGAUACACCCGCAAAUUUUGUGAUUCGAGGAAAAACUCGUCAUCGUACUCGCAUGCGAUUUGAGCCGCAACUGCACGGCCGUCAACAUGCUGCAGCCGUGGCAACAGCAGCCUGGGCCCAACAGGUUGCGCGGCAUAUGGCGCGUAACGGAAGACUGGAGCCGCAUCGAGAUCAGCCUGAGUACUCAAUAUCUUGAGCCUCAUCCCACGUUGAAACUCUCGAGACCAAAAAAGAAAUGGCCACUUCCACCAUGAGCACUUUCGCCAACCCAGUCCUCACAGGCUUUAACCCAGACCCAUCUGUCAUCCGCGUUGGUGACGACUACUUCUGCGUUACCUCAUCCUUUGAAUACUUCCCCGGAGCGCCCAUAUAUCACAGCAAAGAUCUUAUCAAAUGGAAACUAAUCGGCCACGCACUCACGCGCAAGUCUCAACUCGAUAUCAGAACCCCGGAGCCAGGAGGUGGUGUCUGGGCAACAACCAUUCGGUACCAUAAGGGCACUUUCUACAUCAUUACCAACUCUUUCGACCGAUACAGACCGCAGAACGAUGAUCGUGUAUGGCCACGUGGCUUUUAUGUCAAAACCACCAAUAUCUGGAACGAGAGCUCGUGGUCUGACCCGGUGUAUUUUGAUCAGGUUGGUUUCGACUUUGACCUUUUCUGGGACGACGACGGUCAGGUGUAUCUCUCUUCGACUUACCGGAAGGUUGAUCGCUCCUCGGAUUCGAAACUGAAAGACUUUGCCAUACACGUGUCUACCAUUGACCUUGCUUCGGGCACCUUGAAAUCCACGCCAAAGAUGAUCCGGGAGUCUAAGUCAGGUAUCGCAGAAGGCUCGCAUCUCUUCAAACUGAACGGCUAUUACUAUCUCUUCACGGCGGAAGGAGGUACUGAAUCAGGGCACUGCGAAUAUGUGAGCCGGAGUCGCGAGAGCCCUUUCGGACCGUGGGAACAAGCACCACAUAACCCACUUUGGCGCAACACAACAGACGAUGAGAUCCAGAACACUGGUCAUUGUGAUAUUGUUGAGGAUACCCAAGGCCAAUGGUGGGCCAUGUGCUUAGGCGUACGGCCGAAGAAGGAAGGUGCUGAAUGGCGAACGUCAGUUUUCGGACGCGAGUCCAUGCUACUUCCGAUUCGCUGGGAGAACAACUGGCCGAUAUUCAACGAGGGAAGGCCAGUCGCCUUGCAAAUGAGCGGACCAAACAAGUACAUGCUUGAUGAGGACAAGGCUUGGAAAGACAACUUCAGUGGUGUUAGACUUGGUCUUGGGUGGUAUCGGAAGAAUACACCUGUGAGGAAAGACUACUCAAUGACAGCGCGACACGAUUACCUUACUUUAAAUGGUAGUCCCUACACGCUAUCGAUGCCCACAUGUCCAACGCUGUUCUUGCGGAAGCAAAGACAUUGGCCGGUGGUGUGGGAGACUCAAAUAGAUUUCCAGCCUGAUGUGCCGCGCGUUGAGGCAGGAACAGUGUUAUGGUGGAAUCAUACUUGCUACGCCAGCAUUGGUAUCGCGCUCACAGAUCGCGAUGGUCGACAGCAACGCGUGGUUAAGCUUACGCGACCGGACAUGGAAAUUGUAGAGCAUGUUAUCUCAGAGAAGGGCGAGGUGAAGCUUGUCAUCGAUAGCACUGCCACAAGCUACCGAUUCGGAUACCGGCAAGCCGACGAUGGUCCGCAGCAGAAGACAGAGUGGACAUGGCUAGGCGACAUCGAUACUCAGGUCAUGACACGCAAUCCGCCCGUUGGUCAGCCUUUCACUGGCAUGAUGAUGGGACUAUACGCAUGUGGCGAACUACAGCCUGUUCUGACCCCGGCGCACUUCAAAUAUGCUCAGUUUCGAUAACUCCAAGAGUUCAUCGCCAUCUUAAUACAGUCUACUACAUAGCUAGUGCCGACAAGAUACUGACUUCAAUUCCUACGAGAUCCUGUGAUAAUUUCUCUGAGCUCAAUUGUGCAAAUAGCUCACUCGGUUGGACUGACUCUCUCAACUGUCCUCGCUACUGUAUUCCUAGCAAAUGAUUCAGCGAUCAGCACCGUUGCCGGAGUAGCCAUGGAGAUAGCAGAGCUGCUUGCUGGUCGUAAUAUCGACAACCGCAUGAUGCCUUUUAGCAGUUUUAGGGCCUGCGAAACACUCAAGCGUCUACACCGUCAAGUCGUGGCGAAUGUGGAACUGCAGCACUUACCGAAAUCCAGUUACUACGACGUGUACCUGAACGCCUUGAACUCGGAGCUGUUCGUCACAUCGCAAGGUCGAUACUCUCAAAUUCACCGUAGGAGGCCUAUACCUCCCAUAGCUCCCAUGUAGUAGAUAAUCUUGAAUAUAC